AUGAGACUGCUUGAUACCUGCGAGGAUGAAGAAGACAGUGUGGGCAGUGUAAAGAUAUGGGGUUUGAAAGUGUUAGAGGAAGUGGCGGAUGUGCUACGAAUGAGUCGAGAAGUCAAGCAGAUUCAGCAGACGGUGGCAACGGUGCACGACGAACAUGGUACCGCUGCCAUUGGAUGGUGCACACUGUGCAGCCUUGAGGGCGUGCACUGGAAGGCCCAGCCGGACGGUCCUGGAGUCUGCCAAUUCCCUGAUAUUCUGGAAAAGUGCAACAACAAACGAAAGCAAGGGGUUGACGGAGUGCCUGAAUCCGUCGAUGCAGCCGCAGCAGAUAGAAAGUUUUGUGGCUCGUGCAAGAUGUACAAGGGUGCAAACAUUGAUGUCUGGGACAAAGAGAAAAUCGUUUGGCAACGGCCCUUCCACCUGAGCCCUCUUGAUACCUGCACAUAA